AAUGAAACCUCCCCCUGGCCCCCCUCCUCCCCAUCUCUCUUUCUCUCUCUCUCUAAAAAACAUCCAUCGUUUGUAUCGCCUCAAUACAUACCACUACCAGUAUACCUCUCUCUCUCUCUCUCUCUCUCUCGGUUCUCUAUUCUUCCCCAAAUCUCAGUGUUAUAUCGACUGGGAAUUGGGAAGAAAUCGAUUUGAGCCAUGGCCUCUCCCUCCGUCCCUUGCCCUAAAACCGCUUCCCUAUUCGUCUCUUCUACACAUCCGAUCCCAAAGCAACACCAACACCGUUUGGUUUCCUUCCAAUCGAGCUCUCCGGCAUUGCUCACAGGAUCCUCCCUCAAAUUUCAGGGGUCAAGGCACAACAAAUCUAAUGCUUCAAAGGUGUUUGCCCAGCUUAAUGAGGUUGCUGUCAUGGAAUCUUCAAAUUCUGCACCAAUUCCUGAGACAGAGUUGGAACUUGCAAUAAAAUCUGCUGCUCUACUUACUGUUCCAGAUGCAUCAUCCAUUUCAGUUUUUAUGACCCAAGUGGCAGACCUUGUAAGGCUUGUGGAUUCAAGAGACAUCGUGGAGCUGCAGCUGAAGCAACUGGAUUGUGAACUCAUUAUAAGAAAAAAGGAAGCUUUGGAACAGAAUACUGCUACAGCUCCUGUUGUUAUGAUGCAACCGCAUUAUCCCCAAGCUAUGGCUCCAUAUCAUCCACUGCAACCUAGUGCUCCUGCUCCUGCUUCCGCUGGUCCUGCUCCUUCACCUCCAGCUUUGUUACCAGCACCACCUGCCCCUGCUAAGCCAAAAUCAUCCCAUCCUCCAUUCAAAUGUCCAAUGGCUGGAACUUUUUACCGUGCUCCUGCACCAGGAGCUCCUCCUUUUGUAAAGGUAGGAGACACGGUCCAGAAAGGUCAAGUUCUUUGCAUCGUUGAGGCCAUGAAAUUGAUGAACGAAAUUGAAGCUGAUCGAUCUGGAACUAUAGUUGAGAUAAUUGCAAUUGAUGGGAAACCAGUUAGUGUGGACACGGUUUGUAUUUCUCUCGUCUCUCAAAUCAAUUUUUUCCUUGACCUUUUUAGUUGAUUAUAAUUUUCAGAGUCUAUGAUUGCCUAAAACAUUCCUAUUCCAUUUGCAGCCCCUGUUUAGUAUUGAGCCAUGAAGAACUAAGCAAAAUCUUCUUUUGUGGAUACUUAAAUGCAAGAAUGGCACGAUAAGUUUGGGCUUUCGUCAUUUCUGUUGUUACCAGUUUGAACUUAAUUAGUAGAUUGAUGUGCUCUUACACCUGAA